AAAUUUAAAUUUCUACAAAUCACAUUAUAAUAAAUUAAACAAAUAUCAUAUACGUAACAAUUAUUUAUCGAACACAACCGGUUUUAUUCACAUUAUAAUCACAAAACCACUUGAAAAGUGUGUCAAACAACCGUUAUCGUUUCGGUUAGCUUUCACGUGCAGAUGUCGCCAUACUCCAGUAUUGUUUUGACAUUUGACAAGUUAAAACGUCAAAACAUCACAGCCGGUUAAACUCAGUUAACAAAAAAAAUUCCCCCCGCAAAAAGAAAAGUUUUAACAAAAAAAAUUAAUGGUUCCGGAUACGAAUAAAAGUGAAUACAUAAUCAUCGAAAUAAUAAGAACCGUGUGGUUUCUAAGUUAACAUGUUUAAUUGAGUUGUUUUGGUGCCACCUUGGCAAAUCGUAUAACACGUAUUUCUGGAAUAAACUAAGGUUAAAAUAAGAAAUAAUUUUAUUGUGACUAAAAUGGUUCGGCUUACGAUUUCUCGUAAAUCUCGUUAUAUCCGUCUUACGGUGGUUUUAUUAAUAUUAGUACCGUUAUUGUAUUUGUUGGCGACGUCGAAACAAGAAGAUUUUAAAAGCGUGAUAUCUUCGCGUUUAACCGUAAAGGAAGUGCCAAAAUUGAUCCACGGCUUGGGAAAUUUCGAGCCAAAAAACGUUGAAGAUCGAAAAGGACCCGGAGAACACGGCAAACCCCAUCUUUUAAAACAAAACCAACAAAACGACGCCGAUUUAUCCGAAUCGGAAUACGGAAUGAAUGUAGCGUGUUCCGAUGAAAUAUCUUUAGAUCGAUCUAUAUUAGACACAAGAUUAACUGAGUGUCGUCACUGGGAUUACCCAGUAAAUUUACCAACAACCUCGGUUAUUAUUGUGUUUCAUAACGAGGGUUGGUCAGUUUUAUUAAGGACGGUUCAUUCGGUGAUUAAUCGCUCACCUGAUCAUGUUUUAAAAGAAGUUUUAUUAGUUGAUGAUUACAGUGAUAAAGAAAAUCUCAAGGGGCAAUUAGACAAUUAUAUUGAGAGAUUUAAUGGAAAAGUUCGGUUAAUUCGAAACACGCAACGGGAAGGUUUAAUUCGGACGAGAUCUCGAGGUGCUAAAGAGGCGAAAGGAGAUGUUAUCGUAUUUUUAGACGCCCACUGCGAGGUUAACACAAAUUGGUUACCCCCGUUAUUAGCUCCAAUUUAUCGAGAUGAAAAAACGAUGACUGUCCCGGUUAUCGAUGGAAUUGAUAAUAAAAAUUUUGAAUAUCGACCCGUUUACGGCGAUGAUCGUCAUUUUAGAGGAAUUUUCGAAUGGGGGAUGUUGUAUAAAGAAAACGAAGUUCCUCAGAGGGAGUUAAAUAAACGCCAUCAUACUUCAGAACCUUAUAAAAGUCCCACACACGCGGGGGGUUUAUUCGCUAUAAAUCGACAAUAUUUUCUUGAUAUUGGCGCUUACGAUCCGGGUCUUUUAGUUUGGGGGGGUGAAAAUUUUGAGUUAAGUUUUAAAAUAUGGCAGUGUGGUGGAAGUAUUGAGUGGGUUCCUUGUUCGAGGGUUGGUCAUGUUUAUCGUAGUUUUAUGCCGUAUAAUUUUGGGAAAUUGGCCAACAAAAAGAAGGGACCUUUAAUUACAAUCAAUUAUAAGAGGGUCAUUGAAACCUGGUUUGAUGACAAAUACAAAGAAUAUUUUUAUACGAGAGAACCCUUAGCGAGAUUUUUAGACAUGGGUGAUAUUUCAGAUCAACUCGCGUUAAAAGAACGCCUACAAUGUAAAGAUUUUAAAUGGUACAUGGAAAAUGUUGCUUAUGAUGUAUUAGAUAAAUUCCCUGAGUUACCCCCAAACGUUCAUUAUGGGGAAUUACGUUCGGCGGCUGUUGAUAAAUGCAUAGACACAUUAGGACAUGGCCCCCCAAGUUACAUGUCGAUUACUCAUUGCCAUGGAUUUGGAAAUAACCAAUUAAUACGGUUAAACGCUAAAGGGCAAUUAGGAGUUGGUGAACGAUGUAUUGAAGCUGAUUCCCAAGGUAUUAAAUUGACGUUUUGUCGAAUGGGAACUGUCGAUGGGCCGUGGUCUUACGACGAAAAUUCUUUCGUGCUUCUUCAUCGCGUUCAUAAAAAAUGUAUGGCUUUACAUCCCCAAACUGCGCAUUUAUCGUUAAUGCCGUGCGAUAUUAACAAUACUUAUCAACAGUGGAAGUUUAAAGAAAUUCAACCGAAAUGGUAAAAAGAAUAUUUUAUAAAACAAGACAUUGAGAGGAGAGGUGUUGUGUGAUAAGACUUGAUUGAAAAAGACAAAUUAAAUUGGAAAAGAUAUCAUAAUUAUAAUAUUUUGCAUUUUAAGAAACAUAUCUGUAGAUUUUUUUCGUUUUAGUAUCCAGAUUUUAUUUCUUUGUUAGGCUGAGUACUUAUUUAGGAGUCACACUGUACCAUCAAUGACUUGUGCCUUUUUUAUAACCGUUGUAAAUAAGCUCAUGUAAUAUUUUUGUAAUAAAAAAGUUCAAAUAAAUUUUUUUUUAUUAUAAGAA